AUGUUUAAAUUCAACCACAUCAACCUCGAUUUGUGGACGGAGACCUAUGGCAUCAACUUCUACUUACAGUACCUGUCGCGUUGGCCGGACUUGUGCUCUUCAGAAGAGUCUCCGAACGGGCGUAUGAUGGGCUACAGUAUUCUGGGAAAGGCUGAAGGCCAAGACACAGAAUGGCACGGACACAUCACUGCCCUCACUGUCGCGCCCGAAUACCGCCGGCUCUCGCUCGCCCGCAAAAUGAUCGACUACCUCGAGCGCGUCUCGGGCAAGAACUAUCGCGGGUUCUUCGUGGACCUCUACGUCCGGUGCACGAACGACGUCGCGAUAGGCAUGUACGAGGGGUUGGGGUACAGCGUAUACCGGAGGGUGCGGGAGUACUAUGGGAGUCUGGGGCUGGGCCGGAACUCGUGGGACGAGGAGGAUGCCUUUGAUAUGCGCAAGCCGUUGUCUCGAGACCCAAUGCGGCGCUCCGUGAGGCCAAAUGGACGAGAGAUCUCUGUGAGUGCACAUGAUGCUUCAUAGCCUCACCUACGAUAGUA